AUGAGAAGUCUUUUCCCAUUGCUCGUUCUGCAGAUGUGGAAUGUGACAGUUGGCGGCGAUGCUACCGCACAGGGUAACCGCACAAUUACGCCAUUCAUUGAAUUUUGAGUGUCUCAAAAUUACGGUCAGCGGUUAAUUUGUUUUCUUUGCGAUUAAAGGAAACUUGCUACGUUUAACUUUUUUUUUAAGACUAACGGUUAAUAUUCCUUAACUUUUUAUCUAACGGCUAUAACUUUUUUUUUUGCUGUUUUACGGCUGACGGUUAGCCCUAAGGAGACCUUCAAUUUUAUUUAGACACCGAGGGUGGCAUUUUGUAAAAGGCAAAAUAUCGCAAUAACAAUGACAAUGACAAAGUGCUACAACAGCAACAGCAAGAGUGACAGUGACCGUAGCGAUAAGAAUGACAAGUGCUUAAAAUUUGCUCAGAAAGUCGCCAUCGAAGUCAAAAGUCGCGUAGUUGCACUUCGUAGUCUUCGUUUCUCUCUUUAUAUACAGGCCUUAACGCUCUAGGGAUCUUAAUAUGCUCUGUCAUUUUAGGCUUUUUCAUAAGACAAAACCACAUUAUUCAUUGUUUAAUCAGUGAGCUCUGAUUUACAGAUAUUAUUAUACCAUUUAAGUCAGUAUUUGUUUGUUAUUUUGUUGCCAGACUGUGGUUCAGUGGUGAAUAACACUUUGAAAAGUCCAAAUUAUCCUGAAGGCUAUCCAGACAAUAUGGAGUGUGAAUUUAAAGUUCCUAUUCCAUCUGGAUUUAGAUUGAAAAUCACGUUUGAGUACAUGAGGUUGCCUGAUCUAAGGAAUUAUUAUCAGUGCGUGUAAGUGAGGAAUGACUGUUAUCCUUUAUGGGUAUUUUAAGUUAGAAGAAAGAACGAAUGUUGGGUUCGAGCUUGAUUUUAACAGUGGCAAACAGUAAAGAUGAGUUAUGUUCAUUUACAUAUUCACUUUUCUUCUGAUCCUUCAAUCAGCUGCGAGAUAAAAUUACGAAAAUUUAUUUUAUUACAAACUGACGAGGGCAGGCAGCAAAAAGGUACCUCACUUCCUUAAACGUGCUGUUUUAACUUUUAUCUUGGCAAAUUAUCUAAAGCCGUUCAAGCAAAAUUCCUGUCUAUUCCCAUUUGCUUUCCUGUAAUCUUAUCGUCUAGCUCCUCCAAAAUUCUUCCGAUCUAUUCAUCCAGGUUGAAAAAAUCUACACGAGUUCAGUUGAUUUUGAUUCUUCCGUCACAAAUUGUUCGAGUCCAAAGUAAUUGAUCGUGGACUCAAAAACGCGCAAGUGAAGCAAACUUUCGAAUAUGACUUGUAGAAAUAUAUCCACCCAUCCCCGAACUAUUAUUUCAAUGCAGUGAUGUAUGUUAUUUUAGAUUUAUUUUUUACUUCUUUUCCAAAGGGGUGACUAUUUGACGUUCCGUGACGACAGAAAACAAAGGUUUGGGAGAUACUGUGGUUCAACGAAUGGCAAAACUAUUUUGAUGACUGGAAACUACACGUUGAUAAACUUUCAUUCUGGAAAUAGUUCUAACAUGAAAAGGAUAGGAUUCGUGUUACGCUUUGAAGCUGUUGAUCAACCCGGUAAUGUAUCUCAAUUUCCAGUCUCCCAGAAUAUAGUUCAGUUUAAAAGGAAAGCAAAGAAUUCUCUUCAAAUAUAGCGCCCGGAAAUUGAUUAUUCGCGAGCGAAGAUCUCAACGAUUAAUCUCAUCUGUUAGAAUAAUUGCCUUGUGGUAAACAUUAUCUAAAUCCCGUCAAUGAAUUGGGAUUUGUGUGAUGAUCAACGAUGAUCGUUUGCAUUACUUUUACACAGUAUUAUUUAGUACGAGUUGCUUUUUUCUCGGUGUAAACCAUGAUUGGUACAGUUUCCGCUAAAGACUGAACAAUCGUAAACUUGACUUGUUUUACUUUUGUUAGUUCAACCAAGUAUCUGCCCGAUUGGUUGGUAUCACCAAUAUGGUUCAUCCUGCUAUAAAUUCAGUUUUGAGUCUCUGAAUUGGGAUCAAGCUAGCAGACACUGUCAAAGUCUCGGAGGAUAUUUGGUGAAGAUCGAUGAUGACAAAGAGCAGUCUUCUAUUACGAAUAAAAUAAAAGAAAUGCGACUCGCAAAGGUUAGUGAUUUAAAGAGGAAUGACGAAAACGUGUCCAUACUAGUCGCUAGGUACAUUCAUCUCCCAAAUCAUUAAAAGCAACAUGCGACAGUCUGCGGCCUUUUCCCACAUCUAGGCAGUUUGGAAAGCUGCAAAAAAUCUGGAAAAAAUGUCUUUCAAAUCGGUAUCGACAAACGCUUUUUAUUAUAUAGAUACCGAUGAAAUACCAGGAUUUCUCCUUUUACUGAAAAAUCGCAUCUUCAUCGCCCGCAGUGAAGAUACUAUUUUUAUCUUUCACGUUUGAGGAUAUUGGUGUCGACAUGGUUACUAAUAUGAUUAGCCAGUUACAAAAGAGCUUCCCGUUCAGGAGCGCGGCCGGUUCUUUUGAAAUUUCAUUCACAAAAUGGCUUCGAGGUGCGAAGACAGUACGGUAACCAGUGACUUUGUCGAUGAGCUGCCAAAUUUGCACAUCGAUCCUUUUUCCGAGUUUGAAGAACAUUCAGGAAGAUUUGCCGAAGUCUCGGAAAGUGAUGUUGAAAAAUUCAUAGAAGGGGAAGAAAAUGCAAACACUAAAAGUAAGACAUUCUACGACUUAAGAUUAUGUCUCCUUUAUAACUCUCUAUCCGAGUUUUAUAACAUUUUUGUGACAGGCAUUUUGCAGUAGGUGGUGGUACUCAACCAAAAUAUGAGUUCAGCAGUGCUAAUUUAUUGUUUUUAUCAUCUAAAGUUAAUAUAAACAUAAUUCUAAGACCCAAAGAGGUGAAGCCCUAUACGUCUUCAAAGUGAUCAUUAUUGAUGUAUUCAUCGGAUUUUUCAGUGACAAUCUCUUACUUUAGGCUUUUUGGAUUGGACUACACGAUCCUGAUAAGGAUAAUAACUACAAAUGGGUGUAUGACGAUACUCCUCCUCAUUACUUCAACUGGAAUAGGAACAAGCCUAAUAAGAAAGCGGUAUGAGGCGAACAUUCUUUCGUUUUUGUCAUAUAGUUGUUUAGUUUGGGGCAAAACUUGCUACCAUAUCUUUAGACCCCUUCAUAUUUUUAUGUGCGUACAUACUUGUCUUUGGUUUUCAUCAUAUCCAACUUUAAGCCUUUGGUUCAUGAACAAGUUCAAAUUUGGAAAAUUUCCCAUCAUCUUCGACACACUUUUAGAUAAAAUCCCAUGGAAGCACAAUGUUUUUAAAACAGAUCUGCCUGUUACCAAAUUAUGGAAAAUUUAUGUUCGAUAUAAUGGGCUGAAAUUGUAGAAUGAGAUCGACUAAAUAUUCAAAUUCUCACGGCUUCUUCAUUCAAAAAAUAAGUAACUAUUGUAUUUUACUAAUUUCUAUCAAGGGAAAAGCACCAUUAUUUUCUCUAGUUUCUAUUAUUUUUUAAUUUAUUGGUACAAAUCGCUACUUCAUAUUGUUAUUCAUUCAAUCAUUUGUUUAUCUAUUUGAUAAUGUAUUUGUUAUACUCAUCUUAUUAUUUCCUAAUUUGUAAUGUGUUUGAGUUAUCUUUAAAUCGUGUGUUUGUACUGUGAGUAGAAGUCUAAUAAAGAUAAAAGCAUAAAUGACUUAGCUCAUUACCCCCAUGAAUGAUGGUCACCGAACCGGUUUAACCCUUAAGUUAUUUUCGGUGAGCAGCUACUUUCUGUAAUUUACACUUCGAUAAAUAAGAUGAUUUUUAAUUGUAAUUGUACAGUCCGACUGUGCAUUUGCCUAUGGAAUUUGGUAUGACUUGAAUGACGCACCCUUUCCAGCUGGGAAAUGGAAUGACGUACCGUGUGGUAUCAAGGCGUUCUCCAUUUGCGAGAAAAACGGUAAGUGGAUCACUGACCAGUUAAUUGAACGUAUUUACAUAACUUCACAGCCAAAUUGGUUAUCACAACAAGAGACGGCAACGUGAAUGCCCAAAUCAGUCCUGUUGGAUUUAAACUCUUUUCUACGUUAAUUUUUUUUCUUUUGUUCCAAUAUAUUUACAUUGCUGCUCAGCAUAAUGUUAAGGUAACUUCGUUUCUUUUGUUGCUGCUGUUGUUGUUUUAUUCAGCCGACUGUGGUUCAGUGGUGAAUAAUACUUUGAAAAGUCCAAACUAUCCUGAAGGCUAUCCACACAAAAUGGAGUGCAAUUAUUCAGUUCCUAUUCCAGCUGGCACGAGAAUGAAAAUAAAGUUUCAAUACUUUAAGAUGCCUGACCCAUAUCCUGUUGGUAAUGAGGUGCAGUGCUUGUGAGUAAGGAUUGAUUAUAAACCCAUAUGCUUAAAGCAGGCGGAAUAACAUAAUUAGGUCCUAUAGAACCCCACCAAUCACCAUACCCCGGCGCUCCCUCUUUCAUUACCUCUAAAAAGAAUGUUUUUUCCAAUAGAGGAAAGAUCGAUCGUAGUAGUUGUGUACAGAAUUGAAUACCUGUUUUGCCUUUUACCGAGUAAUUUUAUCCAUGACUUUCCCUUAGUUACAGUGCAGCAUGAUCUCUCACUUCAAUGCUUUUUAGGGGGAAGAGGGACUUUUAUUUCAGUCAAUUUUUUCUUUAUUUCCUGAAGAAAAGGGUUGUAUAGGAAUUUGCUUUCGAAAAGUCUAGUAGAUGAUGUUUUUAGUUUCAGAUCAUUUUUCCCUUCAGUAUUAGAAUUAUUAUUAUAUUUUGUAUUAAAAGAGACGACCAUCUGACGUUUCGGAACGAACAGCACCAAUAUUUUGGAAGUUAUUGUGGCAAAGCGACUGGAGAAACCAUUUUUGUAACUGGAAAUAGCGUGGUAAUAAAAUUUGAGUCUCGUGAUAAUUUUACCAGCCCGGACAGGGGAUUCUCUUUGUAUUUCGAAGCUGCUGAUCUACCUGGUAAGACAAAAUGAUAGAAAUUUAGAGAUAAAUGAAGGUAGAAAGUUUCUAAAGAAAUUGUGGUACCGCGUCGUUGAGCGGUAUCACAAGAUAAUUUGGUUUUACCAAUUGAGAUUGACAUCUUGCGCGUGAAACUGAGGAAGCUCGAAUCACGUCAUCAGCCCGAUAGUGUGAAUAUUUGUUAUAUGGAGAAUAAUACAUGAGCGCGCGUAAAUUUCAAAUUACUCUUCGAGUGUUCAACUCGAUAGCUCUAGUUGAACACGAGAAGAGAAAUUCCAUAUCUAGAAGCAAUCAGGUAUUAUUUUGUUCAUCAUAUAAAUACAGUAGCCCUCUACUGACAAGAAAAGCCAACUGAAAUAAUGAAUGAAAAUAAAGGCAACGACAAUUCCCGAAAAAAAAAUCACACAGUGGGCUGUCGCCAAGGAGGAAGAUGCAAAAAUGCGUUGAAUCAUGAUUACAAAAACAAUUAUGGGUGUAAUUUUCAAUUUACAAAAUUCUUAUUCAUCGACUUCUUCCUUACCGACAGAAGAAAUCUUUCAGGUAAACGGCCAAAUCAGGCUGUGGCAAGUCUUCCAGUUGUCGAUUUUUUUGUUCUCAGCCUCGAGAAAUGCCAUUACCAAAGCCACUGGAAACGUAACUUUCGGUUUUUCUUUUGGUAUACUGGUUUUCUUUCCCUCUUAGGAAAGUGAUACGGUGUCUGUAAGUGAUAUGGAUUUUUCAGUGUUUUAGCUGCCAUAAUCCGAGAAAAGUUCGACAAACUACCUUGGAUUGAGAAUGGUGAAAGCUUUACCGUUCAUUAAUCAACCUGACCGAGUGCACUAAAGGCGAGUGACGUGUCAGCAGCUGGUUGGCGAUAUCAAAUACUCGUGAAAAAAUAUCUUAUUUUUUCACGUGUGUUGUGGCGGCUUCUCUCAGGGCUGGAAAUCAUUUUAUAACACUAUAGUUUAUAUGAUCAAAGAAAUUUCGCCUUGGCUGACUAUGUGUUUCGUUUUCGUUAGUUCAACCGAGAACCUGUCCAUCCGGAUGGUAUUAUCAAUAUGGAUCAUCUUGCUACAAAUUUAGCUCUGAAAUGGUCUCUUGGUAUGAAGCAGUGAGGCGAUGUAAAAGUCUUGGAGGAUUUUUGGUGAAAAUAGGUGAUGCCGAUGAACAAAGUUUCUUAACGGAUAGAAUCAACAUCAGUAGAAAAAUAAAGGUCUGUUUACAACUACCAGAGUACCAUUUCACGAUGUCAUUUACUCUAUGGCAAUGGUCUGAUUCAAGCAAUAAUUCCAACUUCAUCUCAAAUAACGAAGAUGUUAUUUUUGGUCUACUCACGAUAAACAACAUAAUAAAAAUGUAAAAUACAUUAAACUUUCCUUUCAGAAUUGCUCAUCAGUGAAUUAUUAUCGAUUUUAUCUACAAAAGAUAAAGUUCAAAUAUAAAAUCAAUAAGCUUGAUUAAGUUUUUGAUUGCCGAGCUCCUCUUUCUACUAUUAGUCAAAAUAAUAUCAAUACUGCAAUCUGCAAUUUGUAAAUUAUGCGAAAUUGUUAAGAAAGAAUUGGUUCAUGCUUAGCGUGUGUAUAUCGAGUUAUGGAUGCGCGUGGGAAAUUUGGAGAGCACGAGAGAAGCAUAAAAGUUACCCGAGGCGAAGCCGAGAGCAACUCUAGCUUCUUGAGUGUUAUGGAUGCACGGCCAUGCAUACCAAAGGAUUUCUGCCAUGCUAGCUUCUAAAGGAAUUAGGUAGGACUUGCGCACGAGAUGUGAUAUAAAAUAAUUUUUACCAUAGUAGCUCCGAAGGAAUAUUACGUUACUUAUGUUAUUUCAUUAUCAACAUUUAGAAAUGUUAAGACCUAAACAUUGUGAUUGUGUUGUUGCAAUAUUAAAUUCUUUUCUUGUCUAAAGGCACUUUGGAUUGGACUUCAUGAUCUUGAUGAUGAAAAUGACUUCAAAUGGGAGCAUGAUAAUACACCUGCCAACUUCUCUCACUGGAAUAAGGGUGAACCUGAUAAUUCUGGUGAUGGGGAAGACUGUGUUGCAGUCUCUGGGAUUUUCUUGUACAUGUACAGUCAACUAUACCCUCCUGGCCGAUGGAAUGAUAUGGACUGUGACAAGAGUGCCCCUUACAUUUGCGAGAAAAAUAUUAAGCGUAAGUAAGCCCACUUUGUCGAGUCUUCAAAGCAUAUUUUCUCUAAAAUGUAUCUUUGUGGUAUCCUGCCUUAGAGAUGACAUUUUGCACGGAAAAAAUGCGCCUCAUCCAAUAUGUAGGGAAUAAAUUUAAUAUUUCUGACGUUCAUAAGGUUGGAGCAAAGAGAGUCGCUUAAACUUUUGAAACGGAAAUGGCUGAAAAUGAACACAGGUAUAACAGUAAUUCUGCUUUACGAAGUUUCAAACAAAUAUAUGUUAUUUACCGGCUAAGGGUCGGUCCGUAUGGUGAAAAACUGUGACCGAGGUCUUGAAAAUACUGCCCGAGGCUGUAGGCCGAGAGCAACAUUUUCAAGAACGAGGUCACAGUUUUUCACCAUACGGACCGACCCUUAGCCGGUAAAUAACAUGUUUAUUUCUUUUAAGAUCUUCCAUAAACUGAACAAUUUUUGAGCGAGUAACUGAUUAAAAUAGAGGUAAUGCAAAUUAAAGAGAGAUGCCUCACCGAAACAUUUUCAUUUCCGCAACGAUAAAGGUGAUUUAAAAGGCUUCUUAACAAACUUUGAAACAUUAUUUUUACAAGUAUCUUUCACAAUCUGACACCUGUCAAUUAGAGAGCGCGUAAGAAAAAAAAAGCGCAAGUAGAUUUGAAAAACAACGGAGCUAGUUUGGCAAGGACUGUGACGACAAAGUUUUCUUCAAAAACAGUCAAUGAUCUGACGGAAAGUAUCAUUCACUUUGAUCGACGAUCCAUUCAUGUUCGAAGAUUUACGUCUGUUCAUUAAGGAAACGGCGAGGAAAAUAAUUAUGAGUAAAUUCAAACUUUUUAAUUUGAAGUUAUGAGAUUUUGCUCGUUUGUUUGCUGCAAUGGCGUGUGUAAAUCUGGUCUUUCGUCCACAAAAACUAAAUUCGAAUGGCACACUCCAACGAGACACAAGGGGAUUUAAUGCAGCCUUUUCUCAAUAAAUUCCUUCAGUUUCUGUUGUGCAAUUUACGGUACAAAUGUCCAAAUUGAAAGGACUUGGAAAGACCCACCGGGAGCGUAUAUUUCUUGUAGAACUGAAAUUAAAACUUCUCUCGCUACGAAAAAUUUGUUUGAGAAAAUUCAGAUAUUAAAUGAAUGAAAAUUCCAUCGUUCAGUUUAAUGUAACCAAAUACCUCACGUUUUAACUUUCUAGGUAUUUUUUGUGAUCGAUUAAAAUUAACUGCAGACGGUUUAUAGGCCGCUUGUCAACCAACGUAAUGACGCUAUUGCUUACACAAAUUCAUUCUGAAACCAGUCAACCAAAGUGAUUUGAGAGAGAGAAAAGAGAGGAUUCAUAAGUUAUUUAUCGGCUUGAGGUAGUGGCCGACGUGCUUGCUUAAAAAUACCGCCCAGCCGGAAAAACGAGAUAUAUUUAUGAAAAAUGGUAACGAAAGUUGGGAUUUACUCGGCAACUCACGAAAGCGUUACCGUGGCCCGUGGGCAGAGAUAGGAAAAUACUGACCGGGUAAAGAACCAAUCAGAUUGCAGGAUUUGUUACCGUGCCCUCUGAGAAAAAAAUAAAUGGGAUUACUUUUGGUAACUAAAGUGACUUAACCACAGAUAUGAUUCGUUUUUUGUAUUUUCGUGUAAAUGAUAGAGGAAAAACCUGGCCUCAGCUGGAUAAUUUUUUCUAAAUAUCUACUUACUAUGAUUACGUGUUUUAAACGCUUCUUUGAUUAUUUAGAUUUUACUUUUUCCAGCAGCAACAGUCGCAGCACCGGAUAUCAUUGCCAAAACACCUACCCUUGCAAUCAAAACGCAGAAAAACGAGGCCAUGAGUUCUGUAGCCCUUAUUUACAGCUUAGCUGGUGCUACCUUUGUAGUGAUACUCGUGCUGUGCUGCAUUAUGGGACUUCGGUGCUACAAAAGCAAAAGACACGCUAGGUUAAAAAGGUGAUGUUCACAAGCCCAAGAUAGUUAUUAUGGUAAACAAGCACAAUUCAAUCACGGCUUAUGUAGAUUUCUGUAAGCUCCCUCUGCAUGGUGUAUAUGCAUGUCAAAAACAACAACAGAACGAUCGUUUGGUCGGGUGACCUUAACGUUAGUAUCUUCAAACAGAUGACGCUUGCUUCCGAUCCACAAGCUGAGUCAAUUAUUCUGCAGUUCUUUAGCUUUAGGUUUCUCAAUCUGUUAGUUCUGAAAGCGCCACUUACCCAAAAACUUUUCUAUCAACAAAGUAAAUCUUAUUGUCCCACGAAUAAAAAAAAUCGAAAAAAAUUAAUUUAGCAACUAUUUUGGUUAUUUUAUUAUUAUUUUUAUUAUUAUUAUUAUUAUUAUUGUUAUUAUUAUUAUUUUUGAGCUUCCCAAGAUCCCGAAAUUGGCGUCUUUCAAGUUCACGACCGAGAAGUAGGGGGAAUGGGGCGGGUUGGCUCAUGACAUCAUCCCGGAAAUUACUCAUAUCAUUUAGCGAGAAAGCAGUCACACUGCAGCCUAGGAGAGAACUACAGAAUUAUGCUCGGAAGAUGUGUUGUUGUUGCUCUGAUGAGGAUAUCUUCUAAAGACUUUCCUUAAAUAUUGCUCUUGAGCGCGGUUGGUUUUGAAUAUGGUGCCAAAUCAGAAGGGAAGAAGGUUAACUGUAAUUCUUGUCUUAAUGAUGAAAAAGCUAUCAGUUAUUAAGUCAUUUAACAUUCUCUCGCUGAAUCCAAAUUUGUGUUGUCAACAGACAUGUUCAGCGUCCUUUCCGCGAGAUUAUUCCUCUUGACAAGUGGGAAAUUCUUCCCAAGCAGGUGCAUUAUGAGGAGGAACUGGGCCGAGGUGCAUUUGGUGUGGUUUACAAAGCAACUCUUACGAGAAGAGCUGGAAUAGAAGUGUUUGAAACAAGAGAGAGACUAAAGCCAGAAAAACAAUGUCAAGUUGUUGCGGUAAAAGUAUUGCAGGGUGAGUAGAAAUAGCGCCUAAAUACCGUCAAAAUGAAAUUUUUAAUCGCUAAGAAAAGGAUCUGCCGUUGCAUGGAAUCAUAAGUCGACUGGUAACAUCUUGCAAGCUCUCCUUUUAACAUAUCAAGCCAGAAGGGGCUAGUUCACGACUUGCACAUGCGCUGUAAUAAUCGAGAUGGCUGUUACUCUCGUCGGGUUUCAAGCAUCCUAUUCAAUCCAGGGGCUGUUGCGAACGCCAAAAGGUCUAAGACUGGACUCAACAAACGCUGAAAGCAUCAAUACCAUCUAUCCACAGGUGAUCCAAGCGAUGAGCAAAGAGAAGCUUUCCUUCAUGAAAUAUUACAAAUGAAGCUGUUGGGUUCACAUCAGAAUAUCGUGUCUUUGGUCGGAUGCUGCACACUGCAGGACACCAAGUUUCUGGUGAUAGAGUAUGUUCCGUAUGGUGAUCUGUUACAAUGGUUACGGCAAAAGAGGCGAUCGGUAAGGGGAGAGAGAUUUUCCUGAGCAAGGCUAAAUUUUUGUAUUUCGAUGUUAGUGAGAAAGGAAGAGGCUUAAUCAUUGGCCUUGUAUUACGUUUCGCUAGAUUCUGGAUAAAACAAAUAACAACUUUAUCUUCUACCCUUAUUCUGUAUAUACAUAUCUGUGGUAAAUAUUAUGCCUAUUACGCUUCAGGUAAAUAAAAAUCAAGCCCUCAGAGGAAAGGAGGCGGAAAAGUUUUAUGAAGAUAGAGACACUCCGAUUGAUGAGUUGAAAAGAUGCGAACCUAGUCGAGUAAGUAUUUUUGUGCUAUUUCGGUAGUUUAGGCUAUGGGGAAGGCUUUGCCAAGCAAGUCGCGAUUGACCGUAUUUAUAUUAGUAUUCAUUAUUCCGUCCAUUGAAUUGAAACUCGAAAGUAAAGUGUACUGUUGCCUAAAAAUAUUAUUCCUCUAAGAAAUAAAAUGCAGUCAAGCUAAACGGAAUCAGAGACCCCUCCCCUCACCCCCGAAAAAAAAGGAGAAAAAUGAGGUACUAUUUUGCUUGAGAGGGAAGCUAGGCUCCUUGAGGCCCUUCAGGAAAACUACUCCACCUCCACAAGCGCAGUUGUAAAAAGAAGAUUAAGGCAGAUAACUCGGCGACUUGACGCAAUUUCUGUCGCUUUGCAUGGACUAUGCGGGACGGAAAAGUGCUUUGUGAACAGCGAAUGUCUUUUUCGGAUUUUAUUUGUCAAAAUAAAGUUCGACGGAUAUCAAGCAUUCAUAAUUAUCUCCCUUCCAUGCAAGCCAUCCCACCAUGAAUCUUGAUCUAAAAGUGAACAUUAAUCUAUUACUUUAAUUCAUUCCUUUAUCACCCAGAAAAGUUGUGACAGUGCUGUAAAUCAGGAAAAUAUAGAAUUGAUGUCAAUGCCAUCCAGUCCAGGUUACUAUAACCACGCUGCUGUCAUUUCGCUGUCUACGGUGAAUCUUCAUGAGAGUAACCUUGAUGGCGUAAAUGAUAAUGAUGACGUCAGUGUUGAUGGUUUCUCUGCUCAACAGCUGUUUUCAUUUGCUUGGCAAGUAGCAAGAGGAAUGGUAAGUAAAUGAAUUAAAUCAGAAGUGGCUGUGGGCUUACCUUCGAAAAAACCUUACGCAGAAACCAUACCUGAAGAUCAUUCUCGACAUUAUUUUAUGUCGUCUUCAGUUACACCUCUUUAAGCAUUUUUUUUUUCAUUAUUUUUUCCCAGAAUCACCUUGCCGAAAAUGAUUUCGUUCAUCGUGACCUUGCAGCUCGGAACAUCCUUGUUGGUCAAGACGGAGGAGUGAAGGUGUCAGACUUUGGUUUGAUGCGCCAAGUGUACGAAGACGUGUACAGCAUAAAAAAAGCUAAAAAGCUGCCAGUUAAAUGGAUGGCACCAGAGAGCAUCUUCGAGGGUGUUUUCACUAUCAAGAGUGACGUGUAAGUAGACUGGAGCUGCUACUGAGUGUAGUAUUUCUGUUUCAGCAAAUUUUCUCUUUUGUUUGUUUACAACUUGUUUUUUUCAGUCUUGCUCAGAGAUGCCGCAAAUCUCAAUUUAAUAGUUAAUGUUUAAAAUUUCUCGCAGUUGGUCUUAUGGAAUUUUUCUCUGGGAAAUGGCUACCAUGGGUAGGUUAAAAAGCUUCUCUUGAUAGAUAUCUAUUGUUUUUAUCAUUAACGUUUUUCAUAUUGUUAGAGUUAUUUGUUCGUCGUUGCAUUCAUACUUCUUCCUCUGUUGUAAUCAAGGUGGUGUUCCAUACCCUACGUUUACCAAUACAGAGCUCUGUAAACUUCUAAAGAAUGGUUAUCGCAUGGAAAAACCUGAUAUGUGCUGCCAUGAAGUGUGAGUAGAAUUUUGUUUUGAAAUAAUUGUCACCCUACCGUUUUAUUCUAAUUGCUAACAAAUUUUGCUUUUUUGACUGGAUUUCACCGCAAACUCUAAUAAAAAUGUACUAUCCCUCUUCAUACUUGAAAGAUAUGAAAUGAUGACGUUAUGCUGGGAGAACGAUCCUACAACUCGCCCCAGUUUCUCGGAGUUGAUUGACCGACUGGAGGCUAUUAUGACGAGGGAUGUAACAUACUGCGAUCUGUCAAACUGCGAUGAGUCGAGUCCAUACUAUAACAUACAGGACAUGGUUGACGAAGAAAGCGGAUGA